CGCUCCGCCCCGCGGCGCUCCCCGCCCGGCGGCCCCGCAGCCGCCGCCGCCGCCGCCUGGGUCCGGCCCGCCUCCCCCCAGCACCCCGCGAGGAACAGCUCCUUUGCAGUUUGCAGCACCGCAUUAAAAAGGGAGAGAGAGGGAGGGAGAGGCAGAAGGGAAGCGAGAGGAGAGAAGAAAGCAGCCCGGAUCACCGGGUUACUGAAAGCAGUAAAGGAACGUCCAGGACAAACUGAAUCUUUUGCGAAAAAUAGCUCUUUCAGGGUUAGGCUUUUUUUUUUUUUUUUCCCCCCCUCUUUCUUUUAGUCGAGUGCACAGGAGAAGUGCCCCCACCCCAGCGUACACACAACCUGUCGGCCUGAGGGGCACCUGAACCAGACAAAGCAGAAUGUACCAGGGACACAUGCAGGCAGUAGGUGAAACCUUGAAGAAAAAGUGGCUCUGUCUUCAAAAAAGUGACCUGACCUUUGCUUUGGGGAAAGGCUCUAGGGCGGCAGAUAAGGCUGUUGCCAUGGUGAUGAAGGAGAUUCCGAGGGAGGAGUCUGCAGAAGAAAAGCCCCUCCUUACUAUGACAUCACAGGGGUGCAGAAGCCAAAAGGAAGCAGAAUCAAGUGAAAAACUGGUGAACGAGCAACAAGAAAGCAGACCCCUUCUGAGCCCCUCCAUUGAUGACUUUCUCUGUGAAACUAAACCAGAAGCUGUUGCAAGGCCUGUAACAUCAAACACUGCAGUAUUAUCAACAGGUCUGGAUCUCUUGGAUCUUAGUGAACCUGUCUUACAAACCCAAAACAAAGCAAAGAAAUCAGAGAAUCCAUCAAGAAGUGAAGGCUUAAAAGCUUCAACCCACAGAAAGAAGACAGACAAUUCUGACCUUAUCAGUGUGGAUACUGAGCAGAAAGUCCAGACUGUCAGAGUUUCAGACAAGUCUUCACUAGAUUUAGUUGAUAUUCAGACACAGCUAGAGAAAUGGGAUGAUGUCAAUUUUCAUGGAGACAGGAGUAGCAAGGUCCACCCUUCUACAGAGCGACCAUCAUCAUCAUCCAGAGCUCCAUCAAAAGAGCUUUUAUGGUCUACAGAAAACAGAUCACAGUCUGAGCUGACUAACGUCAAGAGUGCCUUGGACUCUGAUUCAACAUCAGAAUUAGAACUUGCACCUGCAACACAGGCACGAUCAACUAAGGAGCAGCGUUGGGGAGGGCCUCUUCUCUCCAGAAAUCACUCCUUGGAGGAGGAAUUUGAAAGAGCAAAGGCAGCUGUUGAGUCAGACACAGAGUUUUGGGAUAAAAUGCAAGCAGAAUGGGAAGAAAUGGCUCGCAGAAACUGGAUUUCAGAGAACCAGGAAGCACCAGGGCAAGUCACCAUCUCAACCAUUGAGAAGGGUUAUUAUUUCCAUACUGAGAAUCCCUUCAAAGACUGGCCUGGUGCUUUUGAGGAAGGACUGAAAAAAAUGAAAGAAGGUGACCUGCCAGUUACAAUCUUAUACCUGGAGGCUGCUAUUCUACAAGAACCCAAUGAUGCAGAGGCCUGGCAGUUCCUGGGUAUAACACAGGCAGAGAAUGAAAAUGAGCAAGCAGCCAUUGUCGCCCUCCAAAGGUGCUUGGAACUACAGCCAAACAACCUAAAAGCACUGAUGGCCCUGGCUGUAAGUUAUACUAACACUGGCCAUCAACAAGAAGCCUAUCAAGCUCUAAGAAACUGGAUAAAGCAAAAUCCAAAAUACAAGUAUAUAGUAAAAAGCAAAAAAGGGUCUCCAGCACUUACCAGAAGAAUGUCCAAGACAUCAGAUGAAAGCUCAUUACUUGAAGAAGUAAAGGAUUUGUACCUGGAGGCUGCUCACCAGAAUGGUGAUAUGAUAGACCCUGACUUGCAGACGGGACUUGGAGUUCUUUUCCACCUGAAUGGAGAAUUUAACAGAGCAAUAGAUGCAUUUAGUGCUGCUUUAACUGUUCGGCCAGAGGACUAUACAUUAUGGAACCGUCUUGGAGCAACCUUAGCAAAUGGGGAUCGAAGCGAAGAAGCUGUCGAAGCCUACACACGUGCUUUAGAAAUACAACCUGGCUUCAUUAGGUCCAGAUACAAUUUAGGGAUAAGCUGCAUAAACCUAGGGGCAUACAGAGAGGCUGUCAGCAAUUUUCUCACUGCUCUCAGUUUGCAAAGAAAGAGCAGGAAUCAACAACAGGUUCCCCAUCCUGCUCUAUCAGGCAAUAUUUGGGCAGCACUUCGAAUUGCUCUGUCUAUGAUGGACCAGCCAGAACUAUUUCAAGCUGCCAAUGUGGGUGAUCUAGACAUUCUGUUAAGAGCUUUUAAUCUAGAGCCGUAAUAGAAAAUAUCCACAAAUUGAUUAAAUUGUAUUAGGAAACAGAGAACUCUUUUAUUACUCAUCUCAAAAUGAUCACAUUUUCCAAAAGAUCAUGGCUGUAAAUCAGUAGGGGAAUUCUCUCGGACAUUAUUCAAAAAGGAAAAGUUCAAAAGCACAAAAUAUUGUAAAUAAAUUCAAACUCAAAGGACUGAAAUGAGCUGCGGCUAAUCUGACAGCCCUGAACUAGAUGAAAUAGCCAUUUCUGAAGAAUCUUCAUCCCGUGCAAGCUAUAUCUCUCUCUAUAUACGCAGCUAUACAAAGAAAAAUAUAUUAAGAACAAACCUAGAUAAUCGUUAUUGCACAUUAGAAUGGCAAACAAUGCAUCCAAGGAACCUGCUCAGUAGCUCAUCGCACUAUGCUGACAUCACUUUGCCCUACAACGUGGAUUCCCUAUCCUUUGGUUUCUUUGUUGAAAAGUCUGCUCAAGGUCCAUUUUUAACAUAGCUCUGAAAAUAGAUGCAUGUAAAAUGGAUGUAUUUUGUUUUGAAUACAUUUAUUAGCUGGCAGUCGAGAAAAAUUUUGCUUCCAAAGGUACCUUGGUUAAUUUGGGCCCAAUUCUGCAGGCUCAUAAAGUUGUAAACCACGUGCAAUGUUAAGAGCAACAUUGUACACGGAGGUCUGUGGGAUUAGGCCAGGUACAUACGGGAAGGCCAAGUGUUGCCAGCAGAAGUGGUAAUUUGCACUAGAAUUGUUGCUGUUUAAACCAGCUCUCCCUGAUCUUGGACAGAGUAUGUCUGCUUCAAAGGAGCUCAUAGCAGGAUCUGCACCUAUCUAUGUACUUACGCACUUUAACCUUUCUUUUUGUAAAAUAGUGCUAUGCUUUUAUUUUAGUUACUAACAACAGAAUGUACAGGAUAGCCUUGUUGGCAUAGAGGACCAAAUAUCAUUUCCUGAAAUGUGAUGAGAGGGUUUUCAAUAUUCUUAUGUUUAAAAAAUGCAAAUACAGUAUAAACUGCAAUAUCUAUUAGAAAGAUUAUUCUAUUAUGCAUCCAUCAGGUACUACACACAUACAUGCAUGUGCAUGCACAUACAUGUUGUAUGUGAAUUAUGUCAUUUCAGAACAUAAUAAGCCACAGAUCUUUAUUGCAAAUAAACAAAAAUCUUCAUAGGAGUUAAUGCCUGCAGACCAUGCUCAAGGGAAAAAAUUGGUCUCUAUAAGGCUUGUAGGAUUGAGACUAAGAUUUGAUCCUGCCGUUACGGCAAGCCGUAGCAAAGGUCUCAGUGACCUCCAUGAUAGCAGACUAAAUCCUUAGAUAACAUCGGUCUUUGUAGCUGCUUCAAAAUGUAUAUAUAUACACCAUCUUAAUUUUCCCUUAUUGGAUGAAUAGGGAACAGUAUUGGGGGCAGUACACUGCCACAUGAUGAAUGGAUUGAUUUGGCUACAAACACGUUUAGCUCAAGGUGAAUGUGUCAAUCAAAGACAGGAAUGGAAAUUUUUAAGGAGAUAAUUUUCAGUUGCUGAUGCUUUUAAUAAUUUUCCUAAAUAGCGAAAGAUAAAAAGUGUAAUUAGAUGGCUACUGUGUUGAUCUGUGGUCAGGAAUUCAGUGUGCAGGGUAGCUAUUGGAAUAUGUUAAAAUGGGACAAAUAGUGCGUUUCCUAUAAACAGCAAUAAAAGAAAAGUCCAGCUCAGUCAUCUGGAUUAAAAAAAAAAAAAAAUCCAACUGCACAGAUCACAGAGAAAGAAGUUCUGUGGCAAUUGGACAGUUUCACCAGUACAAACCUAAAGUUUCUUGCAGCUGUCUGUUAUUUUGAGCAACCACUUAAAGGAAAAUUCCAUGUAAGACAGUGUAAUCACUGCAUCUAAUCACCAACUAUAGUUUGUUAAAUAGAAAAAAUAAAUUCUCAUUAAAAAAUAAAAGGCUUACUCGUCACUCUCUCCCACAGAAUAGAGAUACUGAAACAGCUACAGGAAUUUUUUUAACAGUGCUUUAUUAAUUCAUUGUUUACCUAUAUAUUCCUAUUUAUCUAUCAAGCGUUUCAUAACUGAUUCCUGCAACUUUCUCUAAGGAUUGGUUAUCAAGGACUGACUGGGAAUGUCAUUUUAGCUAAGUGGGCUGCUGUAUGCAUAUCUGCUGACAACAGUUUGCUCUUUUGCUUUGACAGCGAUGUGUGAUGACAGCUCUUUAUUGAUAAGGCAGAGCAGAAGGUGCAGUGCAAUUGAAUCUGGAAAGUGAUAAGAGAGAAGGGAGGCAGCUUUGAGAAGAGGCUGUAAAGCAAAUGCAUAUGUGCUUAGGUUUUGCUUGAUGCCCUGCCAUCGUACAAAUUCUUCUAGAAUAUCCUCUGUGCUGUGGUGUAGGAUAAUCAGUGCUUAUCCAGAGGAAUUAGCUGUUCAGGAUCUUUAUUUUUAUACCUUUCAAAUUAAAAAAAAAAAAACCACAAACAACUUAACUGCUUGACUUCUCAGAGUCAGAAUGACAAGGGACAUUUGAUACCGAUGGCAGUUCACUAAACCUCUUCUCCUCUAGCACAUGGACGAGUAACACAGCAAUUCUAUUUGGAAAACCUACUGCGACUCCCAGCCUCCCCAAAAAGAACAAAGUAGGUAGCUUUUGAUUUAUCCGGGGAUGCACUGCUCAAAACUGCAUUCAUCUGCUGAUACAUGUCCACACCCAUGUGAUGGGUACAAGGAAAGCCAUCUGUGUAAACCUAGAAACGAAUCACCAGGGCUGAACUCUGCUUCCCAAGGGGAUACUCAGGCUGCCAAUUCUUCACAAGCACUGCAGUUCUGCUGUACAGGACGCAGGCUACAAAGCCUGUCCAAAGAGAUUGUCCACACUCUUGGAAAUUAUCCCAACUGUUCGCUCCUGUUUUAGAUAGCCUAUGGCCAGCUAACCAUGUACCGCUGACCAAGACACUGCGUGAAGGAAAGACUAAAGCAGACAGACUUAAAGGGGACGGUGGCACAUCUCCUCACACUAGACACCAGUUCUGGCCUGGUCUGUGUGGCAGAGUGGCUGAUGACUGAGCUCACCUCACUCUAACAGGUCAGGCUCAGCAGCUCUUGGUACUUCUGGGGACUUCUUCAAUAUUCUGGGCUCUAUUGUCCUCCUUUAGCCCCCCCACUGCCAAGCACUGUCAGUGCAGAAGAGAGGAUUAGAUACAGCUUUGAUCUGACCUCCUCAUGAUGUUUCUUAAAUAUUCAGUGGCAAGCAUACAUAUUUGCCUGAAACAGCAAGAGGAAACAUGUGAGGAGGCUGCAGCAUAUUAACACCCUGAAGAGGAAAUUCAUCUACUCAUACUUCUAACCAAGCAUGAGGUAGAAUAAAUAAGGUGGCUGCUGCACAGUAGCAGAUUGAGCCCGAGAGCGAGAGACAGGAAAUCUGGGUCCUGUUCUCAGUGCUCCCUGCGAGCUCGACCAAGUCAAAACCUCUUGCCAUCCCUGAGUUGCCCAGGUGUGCAAGGAAGGAAGAUGGGCAAGUAACAGCCACUGCAUCUGAUGGCACUACUUGAGAGCAGGGGAGUGCCGCUGUCUCAUGGACUGCAUGGGUGAAUUACACCACUUGUGUAAAUUGAAAGGUAACACGCAAACACAAGGUUGCUUGGGUCUAAGUAAGGAAGCAGUUUCACAUAGACACUAGCAAUUUCAGCAGAGAAGAGACUCAGAGACAUUUCAGGAUAACAGCUGUAGAGCAUCUAUGGGGUGAUGCCAUAUUAAAGUGCUGCAAUGAUUUAUCAUCAUCUCCCACCCGUUUCCCCUUCUUGUUACUCCCCUCUUUCUCCAGAGGUGAUUUAUCACUGCCAGGUAAUUGAUUCCAAGUUUUUAAGUGCUUCUUCUAUUUUAUACUUCAUGCAAUUAAAAAAUGUUUUCCUAACCCCAGCUUGUGACUGUCCCUAUCCUCUGCAAAGCUUUAUGAAUAUUUAUGACCUAUAAGUCUGAUCCAUCAAGCUGCUGAACAUUGAAAGUCUGUAGUCUUCACAGGAGCACUCAGCACUUCGCCCGAUCUGCUUAUAAGCAUGUAUUCAGUUACAGGACGAAGGCUGGCCUCUGAUACCACUGCACAUGAUGAACAGGCACUGAAAUCAAAAUGAUUAUUUAUGGAGUGACGCUUUGCGAUGAAAGCAAUAGGCUCAUUUCUCGCUGAUCUCUUUAAACUGUGAUGACUCCAGAAACCUUGUUGCAAUAGACUGGUUUAUGUCAGUUUGAAGAAUCAAUCUGAUCUUUAGGUAAACACAUAUACAUAUCUGUAUCUAAUGGUAUUUUCUUAUGAUCCGAUAAAUCACAGUACUUGUAAAAAUAUUGAGGGGGAAGUUCAAAUGACACAAAACCUCACAUGACAAUAUUGCAUGCAACUACAUUAACAAAUAACCACACUGAAAUAUUAUCACAAAGCAUGCAGUAAUGCUACUUGUUUACAGAACGCAUGCAGAAGGCCCACACAUAGGGUAUUUUUAAACUAUUGAUUGGUAUCUUCUGUGGGACAUUUUAAAAGUAUUUUGCAUCUGCCAAACUCAAAAGUGAGUUGUUCAUGUUAUUUGGAACAGGUUAGACCAAAUGCAGAGCCCUUUUUAAAUCCCAUCCUUAGAAAUAACUUUGUGUUGCCGAUUUCAUGUUUGCUUCAAGUGUUUAGUUAAUGACAGACAUCUGUAGUAACAGCUUUUGUAGACAUGUUUUAGUAUCCUCUUAAGAAAUAAAAAGCUAAGCGUGCGCAGCUUUCACAGUGAAGCUGUGUGUUUGGAUCAUCACAUUUUCUUCUUUAGUCUAAACCAGAUAGCACCAAACCAGAGAAAAAGAUUCCCAGAACCAGUGAAACAAGUAUUGUCUCAGUCUACCUUACUUACCAUGGCCAGGCUUUUCAAACUUGCCCACUAGCUCUGAAGGCAGCUCAGUGUCUGACUGUCCUGUUUGAAAUACAUAGAUGUAAAACUUCUCAGGAUCUGAGUAUCUGCUGCAUCCACUGAUUUCAGCUGCAGACACUUAACUCAGCUGAAAGCUCAGAACAUCAAGUUAAGCAUGAAGAGCUAAUGAGCCAAUUUAGAAAACUUGGGCCUGUCUGUCAGAUGAAGAGGACCCUGACAACACCAACAGAUCAGCCAGGUGAUCCUAGGAACAUCCAUAGAGCACGGGCCUCCAUAACACAAAAGCCACCAUGACAGAAAUAAUAACCAAUACAAUUACUGGAAGCCAUGGAGGAAAAGCCUGAGGCCUAAAUCAUUGCCUGUUGGAGCCAGUGAGAAUUGGAGUGAAACAUAAAUUGGUUGUAGAUCUCUUUUGCCCAAAGGCGCAUCUGCAAAAUGGGACAUAUUAGUUACUUCACGUGAAUAACCUCCACAGUUGAAAAACUGAGAUUUCUGGUCACCAGUGUUGUCAGCUUAGCAGUCUGUACAGUGAAUUUACGUAAUAAAUGUUUAUAUAGUACCAAUACUGAGUAUUCACAGAUAAAAGUGAUAGACAAAAUGCACUGCAUGUUGUGAAAAAAAUGGUGGGUAUGCAAUACAGUAUUACCUACUAUUCAAACCUCAUCUAGGCUAAAAAUCAGAUUUCUUCGUUAUAGUUCUACUGGUUUUGAACUGGUGAAAUAAAUCAGAGAAAAGAAGUGCCAUGCAUGAAUAGAUCACUGACACUUUGAACAAACAGGCAAAAUGAAAAAUGAGCAUGACACAGAAUCCACAGAAAGUUUCAGAGCCUCAGUCCACAAAGUAAUAGGUAUUAGGCAUGGGAAAGAGACAGAAGGUAUCUAAAUUUUCCUAAAAAUAAGCUGUAAUUUUACAAAUGCUUGCACAUGUGACAGCCCAUUGAGCAAGCUUUCACGGUCAAGACAAUGUGCUUUGAUCUUUUUUCCCCUUCCACAUUUACAGAAUGCCAUUGACAUUGGCUAGAACUUCAAUUUAAAUAGCCUUUUUAAUAUCAGUAAUCUAUUGUAAAUUCAGAAAAAUCAAAACAUUUAUAAAUAUAUUUUAUAUAUCAGAGUAUAACAUAUCUAGAGUAAAAUAAAACUAUAUAGUUUUGAGAGGCAUUCUGUGCAGCUUCUUCUAUAUGCUGUAAACUGUUUGAAAACGUUUGCAAUCCUGCAUCAGUUUUUUUGGCUUUAUUUUUAAGCCAACAUACAGUAAAGAAGAGAUUAUAGGGUUGGCAGAUACUUUCGCCUAGGCCAUCUGAAGAGCCCUGCUGCUGCAAAGACUUACAUUGCUCACUUAACUUUUUGUGUUGAUAGUUAAGUGUAGGUGCAAGGCUUAGCAGUGAGGUGGGCGGUGGAUGCGGAGGUGGGAGUUCAGCCCUACACCUGAAUGUUUACAUUCCGUUCCAAACGUUCAUAUUGACCCAGAUUGAGAAUCUGAGUAUAAGUACAUACGGAGUAAAAGAUUAAUUUCUUACUACAGGUAAACUUUGCCUCUGUAUACUUAGUGCAUUAUCAGCUGUGUAUAAUAUUAAACACAGACCUGUAGUUUACUGAUGCUUUAAUUCAAUGUUUCCUUGCACUGCUGUUUAAAAUAAUCUAUUUCCUCAAAAAUGAAUGAUGUGCAUAUUGGAUGUGUUAAAUUUAUUAAGAUCAUAGAUGACUAAUCACAGAGCACCACAUUUAAUGUAGUAUUUUUGUACUGUAAUGGAAGCAUGCCUUCCUUGGGUUCUUUUCCACAUACUAAAUUGUAUUUAUUUACCUGUAUUUAUAACUGUGCAAUUUUUAAAUAUGUUUUAAAAAUAAACUUUGUCUGUGGCUUCAAAUA